AUGAGUACCAAUAAACACAAUUCUGAACAGACGGGGGUGAGUGAAGACGACCAUCGGCGAGACACGGACAAUGGAACGGAUAUGGAAAAUGAGAAUAGGAAAAAACAGUCGCCUGACGACUUGAAAUGGGAAGAAGGAAUGAACAGUUUCGAGAGGGAGCUCAUAAACUCACAUAAAAAGAAACAGAAGAUGAACAGGUCGACUGCCCCAAAACAGUCGACACUAGUAGGGGAUGAAAUGCUGGAAAGCAGUGAAAAUGAUGACGAUGAGAUAGAGGAGGAAAGAUCACAAGAGGAAGUGGAAAAAAUAGAAAAAGGAUGGCAAAAUAUUCAGGAGAGGGUGUUAGCCUCUUUCUUGCUUGAUGAUGAAACCAUGAAUAAGAAGAAAAGGAAAGGGGACAGUCUAGAGAGAAUAAAUGAUCUGAAGAGGGAGAGACUGGAAGAGAGUAUUAAGUUUCCUGACGAAACCAAACAACAAAAAAUAAACAGGAAACUCGAAGAGUUAAAUAUAAAACUAAUAGAGAUAUUUACUAACCUAAGCGAAAAAAAGGGGGAAAAGGUGGAGAUGGAUACGGAAUUAAAAAAACUGUUAGGGGUCAUAAAAUCCACUAACAACAAAAAAGAAGACGACAGUAUAGCCGAAAAAACACAACAAGAAGUAAAAUGCGAUCACUGCAAGCUAAAAGUGGAACAAGAAAGACAGAGAGAAGAGCAAGAAAAAAUUAAAAGGGCUCUAAACAUGGGGGGAGGAAAAAAAACCUUCAUGAGUAUAUGUAAUAGCAAAUGUCUGAGAAAGUCUGAUAGUAACAAAAAAGGAUGCGAAGGACAAGGGGGUAGAAAAUAUAAUAAAGGACGUGGGAGAGGACCUGGCAGAAACACUAGAGGAAGUGAACGAGGGAGAAAUCAAAUUCCUUGA